AUGGCGGAGCCCACGCGCGCCGUGGAGCCGGGGAGGUCUACGCUCCGCUCGCCGCGUUGCAGGGAGGGCGCGGUGCCAGGCGCGAGCGCCCAGAGACCCAAAAAGAAAGCCUUUUAUUUGCUGAGGAUGAAGCCCCUGAAGGAGCCCGCCCCCAACAACAACAACGUGUCUUUUGUGAUCCAUUGUCAACUAGGCAAGGAGAUCAAACACAUUUGCAGCAACUGCAGCCGAGGAGAGGACACUAGGGACGCUGAGGAAGUGGAGAGGCUGGCGGCAAUGCGUUCUGACUCCCUGGUCCCAGGUACCCACACCCCACCCAUCCGGAGGAGAAGUAAGUUUGCCAACCUGGGAAGGAUUUUCAAGCCUUGGAAAUGGAGGAAGAAGAAAAGCGAAAAGUUCAAACACACGUCUGCAGCCCUGGAAAGGAAAAUAUCAAUGAGGCAAAGCAGAGAGGAGCUGAUAAAACGAGGGGUCUUGAAGGAAAUUUAUGACAAAGAUGGGGAGCUCUCCGUAUCGAACGAGGACGACUCCCUGGAAAACGGACAGUCCCUGAGCGCCAGCCAGCUGUCCCUGCCUGCCCUGUCGGAAAUGGAGCCGGUCCCGAUGCCCAGAGAUCCCUGCUCCUACGAGGUGCUCCAGCCUUCAGACAUCAUGGAUGGGACAGUGUCUGAAGAGAGUCCCUCUGCCAGUGAGUCUGGAGUCCUCCUGUCCCAAGAUCCUUCAGCCAAACCAGUCCUGCUACUGCCCCCCAAAAAACCUGCUGCUUUCUCUGGAGACCAUGAGGAGACCCCAGUGAAACAGCUGUCCCUUCUCAAGCAACCCCCCGCCCUGCCUCCCAAACCCACUGCCAGGAUUGCCAACCACUUAACAGAUCCUGGCGCCCCUGUGAAAUUGCCUUGUCUGCCAGUGAAACUGUCGCCUCCGCUACCUCCAAAGAAAGUCAUGAUCUGCAUGCCCGUAGGGGGGCCAGACCUCUCCCUGGCAUCCUACGCAGCCCAGAAGAGUGGCCAGCAGGGUGGGGCCCAGCACCACCACACGGUCCUGCCAUCCCAGAUCCAGCACCAGCUGCAGUAUGGCAGUCUCAGCCAGCACCUCCCCUCCGCCACCGGCUCCCUGCCCAUGCACCCCUCGGGCUGCAGGAUGAUCGACGAGCUGAACAAGACGCUGGCCAUGACCAUGCAGAGGCUGGAAAGCUCCGAGCAGCGGGUCCCCUGUUCCACUUCUUACCACAGCUCCGGUUUGCACUCGGGUGACGGUGUCACAAAAACAGGACCUCUGGGCCUUCCAGAAAUAAGACAAGUGCCAACUGUUGUGAUUGAAUGUGAUGACAAUAAAGAAAAUGUGCCUCAUGAAUCAGACUACGAAGACUCUUCCUGCCUAUACUCCAGAGAAGAGGAGGAGGAGGAGGAAGACGAGGAUGACGACAGCUCCCUGUACACCAGCUCCCUGGCCAUGAAGGUGUGCAGGAAGGACUCCUUAGCCAUCAAACUCAGCAACAGGCCCUCCAAGCGAGAGCUAGAAGAAAAGAACAUCCUUCCCAGGCAGACAGAUGAAGAGAGACUGGAGCUGAGGCAGCAGAUCGGCACCAAGCUCACCAGGCGACUGAGCCAGAGGCCGACUGCAGAGGAGUUGGAGCAGAGGAACAUUUUGAAACCUCGGAAUGAACAAGAGGAACAAGAGGAGAAGAGAGAGAUCAAGAGGAGGCUAACUCGAAAGCUCAGCCAGAGGCCCACAGUGGAAGAACUUCGGGAACGGAAGAUCCUCAUCCGCUUCAGUGACUACGUGGAGGUGGCCGACGCCCAGGACUACGACCGCAGGGCCGACAAGCCCUGGACCCGCCUCACCGCUGCCGACAAAGCGGCCAUUCGGAAGGAGCUGAAUGAAUUCAAAAGCACUGAAAUGGAAGUUCAUGAAUUGAGUAGACAUCUAACAAGGUUUCACCGACCGUAACAGUCAAAUUCCUCUCGAGUGCUAUGCUGUCGUCGAAACAUAAAUUUAUAAGAACCAUAAGUGCUGGUAUUUAUUCACUUCCCCAUCACGAUGUAAAUCUUCAGAACUGCCUUUUUUAAAAAGAAGAAGAAGAAGAAGAAAAGGAAACACAAUCAGGAUGCUGUUUGCGAAAACGCCAUGGCAACGGCUCCGUGGUCAGAGCGGCUGGCGCCACCGCUGACCCCGAACUGUGCCCGCCCCGCGGCCGAGGGCACCAGGGCCUCCCGGGAGACUUUCUGGCCUGGCACUGCCCUGGUCCUCCAGCCAGGCCUGGGCCCCGCGUUCACGCAGGCUCCGGGGUCCUUUCCGCGAAAGUACCUGUCACCCAAGUCCAAAGAAAGUCGGGGGGGGUGUGGCCUGGGAAUGACUUCGAGAAGCAAAUGAUCCGGUUGGCCUCCUAGACGUGGCCAAACACACUGGCUCCAGGCUUGGCUUCUGGUUCGGGGUCCCCUUGGGAGGAGGAUGCCGAAAGGGGGCCCUGUCUGGUUGCCCUGGCCUCUCCCUGCAGCCACCCUCCACGCGGGAACAAAAGGGAAGAGCGCUUUGUCCAGUGAGUCUGUGGUUACUGUCAGUCCUGAGAGUGCAAGGCUGACCCCGAACACCCACCCUGUCCCCCCGGAUGGAGCUGAGCUGCCCACGGGAAGCUCUGCUUUAGGAGGAGAAGGCUGUCGUCUGCUCAGUUCAAAUGAACUGACCCCUUGUGUCCAAAGCCCACCGUCACAGGUGGUCUUCGGGGCACAGCCACUGCUGAGGUGCACCUAUGGUAUCGUGUGUGACAGGACCAUCCGGAGGGCAUAAAGGCUGGGGUCGGAAACUGCUUGGCUGACAGUCUUCAUUUCCUCUGCGUGCCCCAGGCCGGGGACUACAGGGCUUGGGAAUCCAUGGCUUCCGAGGGCAGGACCCAUGCUUGCAGGCCGGCAGCCGUUCCUGAACGACUGGCCUUCCGGUCGCUGAGGGACGGGUACUCUAGAACCACUUCAUGGCCUUCUGGUGUCCUUUGUCUGCACGGCAGUUUCUGUGGGAACGCCCCAGGCGUGGCGUGUGCCAGACCCGUGCAGACGCCAGCCACGCCGGCCUCGUGGGCUCCUCUGCUCACACCCACCCAGAGAGAGCCCUGCCCUGCCCUCGUGAUGCUGGCGAGGGCGACCGAGACGCGGCUCUAACUGUCCGCCUCUCUCGGGCCACAGGAGAGCAGUGCUCUGUUGCCUGAGGGGCCCCGAGGAGAGCGUGGGCCGUGAAGGAAGGACAGGCCCCAAACCCGCACAGCUGUCGCGAGGCCCCCCGCAGCUCCUGCUGUCCCCUCCUGCCAGCGCAGAGGGCCCUCCGCCAGGAGCUCUGCCUGGCCUCCCGGGUGGCCCCCCGGGACCACGAUCUUUCUAGGUUCUCUCUCCUCCCCACACGCCCGGGCUUUAGAGAGAUGCCGGCUUGGCCUUCGCCACCAGGAGCUACCCAGUCCCACCCGAACUGUGUGGGAAACGAGUUAGUCUGGGAUGUGCACCAUCAGCGAGGCCAUUGCCUUUCUGCCGCAUUCACGGCCCCUGGGGCCAGCAUCGGCCAGGAGCUGUGGGGGGGCUCCGGGCAGGUCCGCAGGCAGAGCCACCAGCGGGCAGAGCUGCCCCGUGCUUUCCUGCAGCGAGCACGCCGCUGCCCAGCCCCAGGAGCGCGUCACCACUAGACCCUUUCUCUUUGAUCACUGAAUCUGAGUAGUUACUGGCAUGGGUAGAAGUAUCGUUCAGGGAAGAUGUGGGUGGUCAGGACCGUAGUGCGGCUGUAAGCACUGUCUUCCCGAAAGGCUUACUGACGUGUGAAUGUGCAGAUGGGAUGACGGAGGGCUUUCCUGUGACUUCCCUGCGGCGGCCACGUGCUCUGGGCCCAGGGCCUGCCUUGCCAGGAGUCGAGCCUGAGCUUCCGUUGACUCUCCGCUGCGCUUCAGGCGGCUCUCGGCGCCCUGGCAGGACGGGCAGGCCUUCCCCUGGCCCAGCAGCGAGUCCUACGGGAGCUCAUUCCGUGACCUGGGCUCCUCCCACCAAGGCCCGUGGCUGCUCUGCUGGCCCCUGUUCCUGGGCUGUCCAGACUCCCCGGGGACAGGAGGCCCAGCUCCGCCCCCCUGCAGCCAGCCCGCAGCCCAGAUUGUCCACCCGAAGUGACCUACUAUCUGACCACUCUGCACGGAAGAAAUCAGACACGCCCCACCUCUCUUCCUGCAGAGCGCGGUUUUCCAGAGCCACCUGUAGGAGUCAGAAGUGCCCCCUCUGUGCCACCGAGAGUGCCCACCACAGAGGGGGGCUUCAAGCCCCUUGUAGGUGGCUCAGCAACCACAGGAUGGCCCCUCGGCUGUCUCCUUCCUUUUCUGAAAUCCGGAAGACUUGAUAGAAAUUAUUCAUUUUUGCCACAUUGUUAUGACAAUUAAAAAGCAUACGUUACUUUCCAAGAUGACAAAUGGUCAUUAAUUGGGGGCGGGGGGAGCUGGCCCAGCUGGAGUGCAAUGCAUUCCUUUUCUGAAAAGGCUACAGUUUACAGAGAAAGAUUUCUUUUGUGUGGAUAGAUUUCCAGUUGAGCCUCUUGCCAUUCGGAUGAGCAUGAAAGGGAAAACGUGAAACUUCUCAGAUCAAAGUGUUUCCUCCUGAAAAUCGGACCUUGCCCCGACCCCCUGUGCCAUCCACAGGCCUGUGGGCUCUUCCAAAAUCGCUGUGUUCCUCCCCAAAGGCCCUCAGAGCCCUGGACGACCCUGAAAAUUUUAGCCUUUCUAUCAGAUUAGAGAAACCAAACCAUGUGACGGUGGGUGUGGUGAAAACCCGAGUUCAUUUUUCUCCCGUUUAUGAACGUGUACUUGUAUUUGCUGAAUGAAAACCGUGGUGUGCUUCGGUGAAUGGACUCUCCGGCCCCCCUGUGCCCAGCCAGUGUGCAAAGGUCACCUUCAAUGAAAUGACUCUUUCUUCCCACUUGUCUGUUAACCCCCAGACCAGCUGCUUUUUCCAGUUGCUUCCCGGGUGUCUGUACAUAGUUUGUCUUUGUAUAGGAGCGCGUUCUCGUUGAACAAGACGGCUGUGUGAGGAAGACGGUGUAAAUAGAAUACAGUUAAACUGGAUCUCUAUGGCCUAGGUUUUGUACAUACAGAAACUGCAUGGUAUUUAAAUUAUUGUUUGUCUCUGAUGAUGUA